CCCCCCGAACACCUGGAAUCUGCUCACUUGGCUCCAACUCACUCUCAAACCCUAACCCCACUUUUCCACAUCCCUCUCUUUCCUACGCCCAAAAGCAUCUUUCACACAAACACGCACAACACACACACAGUGCUUCCUGUCGCCCUCAAUUGCGACUUUCCUUCCACUUGUCUGUCCAUUGCUCACAAUUCCAUUAAUUUAAUUAUCUUCAACUAUAUCUAUUUCUAUAUAUAUAUAUAUUAGGGCUUUUUGGGCCUUUUCUCGGUUCUAUUCAGAUGAAUGAUUCAAACCCUUCUCCACAUCCCUCCAAGGACUCUGCUGCUGCUGCUCCUGCUCCUGAAGAGGAAGAAGAAGAAGAAGAAGAGUCCUCGUCUUCUGCUAUUACUAUUAUUUCUGCUUCGGUUUCUGUAGAAGCUUCCAAGGGUCCCGCCGAGAAGCCUGAAAUUACAGCCGGAGAGGAAGAACCGCAGCCCAUGGCGGUGUCGGAGAAGGAGGCCGCUGCGGUGGCAGGACCCCCGGAUGAUCAUAUGGACGUGGAUAACGUGAGUCCGGCGACUGUUUUUUGUAUUAAGCUGAAGCAGCCGAGGUCUAAUUUGCUUCAUAAAAUGAGCGUUCCCGAGCUUUGUCGUUAUUUCAGCGCUGUUGCUUGGUGCGGUAAGCUUAAUGCAAUAGCAUGUGCAUCGGAAACUUGUGCCAGAAUCCCAAGUUCAAACGCAAAUCCUCCAUUUUGGAUUCCUAUACAUAUAGUGAUCCCAGAGCGACCAACUGAGUGUGCAGUAUUCAAUGUUGUAGCAGAUUCUCCUCGAGACUUGGUUCAGUUUAUGGAAUGGUCUCCUACAUCCUGCCCUCGAGCGUUGCUCAUAGCGAAUUUUCAUGGGAGGAUAACCAUCUGGACCCAACCUUCUCAAGGUCCAGCCUGUAUAGUAAGAGAUGCUAGCAGCUGGCAUCUGGAAUAUGAGUGGCGUCAGGAUAUAGCAGUAGCUACAAAAUGGUUGUCAGGUGUUUCUCCGUAUAGGUGGCUAUCAUCGAGAUCUGCUAAUUCAGCAAAGUCAACUUUUGAGGAAAAAUUUCUUUCCCAGCAGCCAGAAGCUCCAGCUGGUUGGCCAAAUUUCCUGUGUGUGUGCUCUGUCUUCUCAUCUGGAUCUGUUCAGCUCCAUUGGAGUCAGUGGCCGCCCACUCAAAGUGGUACACCAUCAAAGUGGUUUUGCACAAGCAAAGGGCUCUUGGGAGCUGGGCCGAGUGGCAUUAUGGCAGCUGAUGCUAUUAUAACAGAUUCUGGAGCCAUGCAUGUGGCAGGUGUUCCCAUUGUUAACCCAUCAACUGUUGUUGUUUGGGAGGUGACUGCUGGCCCUUGGAAUGGAUUUCAAGCUUCUCCAAAGGCUAGUGUAGGUAAUGGUGUUCCACCAUCAGUGAAUCCUCCUUCAUGGGAUGGUUUUGCCCCCUUGGCUGCAUACCUGUUCAGUUGGCAGGAGUAUUUACUGCUAGAAGCUAAGCAAGGGAGAAAAUACACUGAGCAAGACUAUAAUGAGAUGGUGACACUUCAUUGUUCACCAGUUUCAAACUUUUCUGCAUAUGUCAGUCCUGAAGCUGCAGGGCAAUCUGCUUCUGCUACCACCACAUGGGGUUCUGGUGUCACUGCUGUCGCAUUUGAUCCAACUCGUGGUGGUUCUGUAAUAGCUGUCGUGAUAGUUGAAGGGCAAUACAUGUCCCCAUAUGAUCCAGAUGAGGGUCCCUCGGUCACAGGAUGGAGAGUUCAACGUUGGGAGGCGACCGUUGAGAAUGUUGUCCUCCAUCCUAUAUUUGGAAAUCCUUCUUCUACUUUUGGUGGUGAGGCACCAAAGCAGACAGUUUGGGUGAACAAAGGAAUGAAGUGUACUCCAGCAACAAAUGAUUUCAGAAGUCCUCAAACAGCUGCUGCUGUGCCUUCUCCUGAUGGAAGAAAUUCAUCUGACCCUGGUGUUGAGGUGACAAAAACAGUGGGUUUUGACCACUUUGAUUUGCCAAGUGAUGUUAGAACACUUGCUCGUAUUGUUUAUUCCUCUCAUGGUGGUGAGAUUGCGGUAGCUUUUCUACGAGGUGGCGUGAAUGUCUUCUCAGGUGCAAGCUUUACACAUGUUGAUAAGUACCAGAUUGAUGUUGGUGCUGCAAUUGCUGCUCCUGCCUUCUCUUCUACUAGUUGUUGUUCAGCUUCUGUCUGGCAUGAUACAAGCAAGGAUUGCACCAUGUUGAAAAUCAUUCGUGUUCUUCCUCCUGCUACUUCAAGUAGUCAACUUAAAGCUAACUCUGUGACCUGGGAACGAGCAAUUGCUGAGAGAUUUUGGUGGAGUCUUUUAGUGGGGGUUGACUGGUGGGAUGCUAUAGGCUGCACUCAAAGUGCAGCUGAGGAUGGAAUUGUGUCAUUGAACAGUGUUAUUGCUGUGUUGGAUGCUGAUUUCCACUCUCUUCCUUCCACUCACCACCGACAGCAAUAUGGACCUAGUCUAGACAGGAUCAAAUGUAGGCUUCUAGAAGGUACAAAUGCACAAGAAGUCAGGGCAAUGGUACUUGACAUGCAAGCAAGGUUGUUGCUAGAUAUGCUUGGCAAAGGUAUUGAAUCGGCUUUAGUAAAUCCUUCAGCUUUGCUAUCUGAACCAUGGCAUGCAUCUGGUGAGGCAUUAUCUGUUUUAGAUCCUGAGGCAAUGGCUGUUGAACCAGCACUCGUCCCAAUCAUCCAGGCUUAUGUGGAUGCAGUACUUGAUCUUGCAUCCCACUUCAUCACGCGGUUGCGGCGUUAUGCUAGUUUCUGCCGUACAUUGGCAAGUCAUGCUGUUACUGCUGGCACUGGAGGGAGCCGGAAUAUGGUAACUAGUCCCACCCAAAGUUCUGCUUCUCCUACUGCGACUCAGGGAGCUCAGGGUGGCACUGCUAGUUCCACCGGAAGUACCCAGAUGCAAGCUUGGGUUCAAGGAGCCAUUGCAAAGAUUAGUAGUACUGCUGAUACAGUACCAAAUUCAGCCCCAAAUCCCAUAAGUGGCCCUUCAAGUUUUAUGCCUAUAAGUAUAAACACAGGCACUUUCCCAGGAACACCAGCUGUUAGGCUUAUUGGAGACUGCCAUUUCCUUCACCGAUUGUGUCAACUUUUGCUUUUCUGCUUUUUGUUUUGGCGAACACAAGUACCACGUUUGUAUGGCAGUUCUCAAAGAAAUGCUGAUUCAGCUGCACAAAAACCUCAGCCUAAUAAUUCAGGCAGAGUAGAAGAAUCUAACUCUGUCCCUGCGAAACCAGGGUCAGCGAUGAUUAGAGGAGAAGAAGCACAGGGUCCAAGAGCUGGCCAGUUGGCUGCAGCAGCAAAAGGACCGGAAGAAGUUCCAUCCAGCCGGUCAAGGCUGGGUUCUGGCAAUGCGGGUCAAGGAUAUACAUUUGAGGAGGUGAGGGUACUUUUUCGCAUACUGAUGGAUCUCUGCAGGCGAACAGCAGGUCUAGCACAUCCAUUACCUGUUUCUCAGGUUGGGAGUAGCAACAUUCAGGUUCGGCUUCAUUACAUUGAUGGGAACUACACUGUUCUGCCAGAGGUCGUGGAGGCAUCUCUUGGUCCACAUAUGCAGUUUAUGCCACGUCCCAGAGGUGCUGAUGCUGCAGGUUUGCUACUGCGUGAGUUGGAACUUCAUCCUCCUGCUGAAGAAUGGCACCGGAAGAACAUGUUUGGUGGCCCAUGGUCUGAUCCUGAGGAUAUUGGUCCUGUCAAUGAUAGUGUAAGGCUAAGCCCUUCAGCAGAUUUACAUGAUGGGACCUCAUCAGAAAACUGUGAUGUCUAUUAUGGAGCCCAUGGCUUGUGGCCAAGGAAGCGCAGGAUGUCUGAAAGGGAUGCUGCUUUUGGGUUAAACACUUCAGUGGGUCUUGGAGCGUAUCUUGGUAUAAUGGGAUCUCGUAGGGAUGUUGUAACGGCUGUUUGGAAAACUGGACUUGAAGGAGUUUGGUACAAGUGUAUAAGAUGCUUGCGGCAGACAUCAGCUUUUGAUCUACCACGUGCUACCUCCACUGGUAAUCAGAAUGAGAGGGCAGUUUGGUGGAUCAGCCGAUGGGCACAUGGCUGCCCAAUGUGUGGUGGAACAUGGGUCCGAGUUGUAUAGCUCUUUCAAAGCAACCUGCUCGUAGUUAUGUACAGAUUUGAUGAGUUGUUGUGACGCUUGGCCAUCUGCAUCCUGUAUUGCUUUAUCAUGGAGCUCAGCUGACGGAUUGUGGUUUUAAGUGCAUUAAUUUGGUUGUAGGAUUCUCAGCAUAAUACAACUGCUGCUUAAAAAGUGGAAUUUUUCUUGUUGGGGAACAGUUCCCAAGUUUAUCACGUCCUGCGGGAAAGGAAAUGAAUUUGGAGGGGAAUACUCAUUGGUCAAAUCAGAUGUGAAGUAAGUUCACUCUUUCCCAAUAUACCCAUGGAGUAUUCUAGAAACGAAAGACUUGCAUAGAUUCCAAGUAGGAUGAGUUUCAGAAUUGUGGAGCCCUAGUCGUUUGUGAGUUCGCCUUAUGACCAAUUCUAAGAGUUGCUUGCUGAUGAUAUCGAAGACAAUUUUUCUUGAUUUUCUGACAAAUCCUUUCGGAUGUCCGGGGGGGUCAUAAGAUGACACUAUUUGCUUGUACAGAAUGUUACAAAGGGCUAAGAUUUCUUGGUUUGUGGUGGCAGUAACUUCCCUGAGGAGCCUGUCAAAGAUCUGUGGUGCUAAGUUAUAGCAGGGUCUGGAGCUUGUGAUGUUCUGCGGCUUCGGCCUUCGCAUCUAUUUUUUGCUUAUGCAGCUGUCUAUUGUGAUGAAAAAGAGCAUUGGAAGGUGCCUUGUGAAGAGUUCAUAGUUUUUUUCCGGUUUUUCUGCCAUUUUAACAUUUACUUGAGGGGCAUUUCCAGCCAGUGACCUUAUUAUGUAUAGUAUCUGAAAUGCUAUUUGAAAUGUACCAUUGUACAUCGUUAUACUUCUUUAAUGCCUUCUUUUCUUAAAUUUUAAGUCAGUAAAGUUGCAGUAAAUGUAUCUUCUCUAGACCUAUUUAA